ACCUGGACUAUGAGGACAUGAAUACUGGAGAAGAGAAAUUGGAUAGAGAAGUUGAGGGGCCAUACGUCCCCAGAGCACGUAUAGACGAGGUAACCGCCAGCUCAGACCAGGGCACUAGUUCGGGUGUUCCUUCAGGCAGAAGCCAGGUUAUAAGUCAAAAUAUAAACCGGGAACUAUGAGGACAUGAAUACCGGAGAAGAGAAAUUGGAUACAGAAAUUGAGGGGCCAUACGUCCCCAGUGCACGUGUAGACGAGGUAAUCGCCAACUCAGACCAGGGCACUAGUUCGGGAGUUCCUUCAGGCAGAAGCCAAGCUAUAAGUCAUGAAAACAAUCUAGAAUAUGAGGACAUGAAUAACGGAGAAGAGAAACUGGAUGCAGAAUCUGAUGCACGUGUUAACGAAUUUAGCGUCAAGUCAAACCAGGACUCCAGUUCGGGAUUUCCUGGAGAAAACGUUCAAGACACGAGCCUAAGUACAAACUUGGACAACGAGGACAUGAAUAGCGGAGAAGAGACAUUGGAUGGCCAGUUUUCUGGAGAGCCUCUCGCACAGGAUAAUGAGAAUUCUAGCAACUUUCCCGGCGAAGCUAGGGGUUCCGAGGAUUUGCCCGGCGAAGCUAGCGACUCUAACAAUUACCCGGACGGAACCGGUGGUUCUGAGACGUUCCCCGGUGAAGCCAGUGGUACUGAUAAAUACUCUGGCGACAACAGUGGUACUGACAGCUUCCCUGGUGACGCUAGUGAUGCUGUAGAAUACUCUGGCGAUGACAGUGGUACUGACAGCUUCCCUGGUGACGCUAAUGAUGCUGAAGAAUACUCUGGCGAUGACAGUGGUACUGACAGCUUCCCUGGUGACGAUAGUGACGCUGACGACUUCCCUGGCGAUGAUGUGUCCCCAAACAUCGACGAGAUCAUAUUCCCUGGAGCCGAUGAAAUAAUCAGUAUAAAUGAUGAUUUUGACGGCAAUCAGAUCGAUUUCGAUGGUAGCAUAGAUGAUUUUAAUAAGUUAUUUACGGUACAGCCGGACAAUGGUCGCGCCAAUGACAAUAGUAGCUCUGACGUGAACAAGCCUAUGAAUAACAACAAUGACAACAGCAGUGGCUUCAUACCCACCACCUACACCAUCGCUGGGGACAUCGCCACAUUUGAUCAGCAAGCACAAGAUACAUUUGUGCAGAACCUAUCGGGUGUAUUGAAUGUUACCCCAUCACGUAUUAUUGUUGUGUCAGUCAACGCUGGAUCUGUGGUUGUCGCUACAUCGCUUGAUGACGAUGCGAAAGCUGCAAUGGAUAACCUUUCCGAAGAGCAAAUGUCGCAGCUCACUGACCUGGGCAUAGAGUCGUACGAUGUUGGCAACGGUGAAGUGACUGUCAGCGCCGCCGAUUCCAACAGUGAUACAUCCGCAGAGAGUAUCAACGACGAUGGCGGUAACAACAUGGCCGUCAUCAUAGGUGGUGCAGUAGCGGGUGCAGCUGCGCUGUUGUUGGGCGCAGGGGCAGUAGGAGCUGUACUGUGGCGCCGCAGGAAGGCCGAAGAUGACAAACGUAAGCUGAAGGUCCAGUGGGGUGAUGUAGAGGCCCCCCUGUCCUUCACUGUGGGCAAGGAUAUGGAUAUGGACAUGAUGUUCGACGAUCCACUGAUUAUGGACGACGCUCAUAUGCUGGCCGCUUCCGGAUCAGUGUAGUCAGUAGUAUACUACCCCAUCACAGUGAUAGGAUGCUAUCAGUCUGGAUAUCGUCACACUAGGAACAUACUGGUUGUUCUACAUAUCCAGCUGUUGAGCACCGGAGGCUCAAGCGCUGACGGUGGCCAGGCCAAGAUACACUAUCGCCAGCGCUUAUAAUACAAUACAGACAUCGAUAACUGAUAACCUAAUAUACCUCAAUUUACACAACAAUGUGCUAUGGUCAUAUAAAUUUACGC